UCUUCAUGCAACCAAAUCUACGAAGAGCAUUUGUCAUACAAUUGACUUUCUUAUUUAGCAAAGCUUAAAUGAUACAUAAAUAGCAAACCGUUUAUGCGCGCCUCAAGUUUCAAAACGAUCUUCGUUCUUCCUCUAUCAAAAACAUCCAUCACGCUUAACUCCUAUUGCCUCCAUGCUCGCAGCUUUAAAUCUCAACCUACAUUCUCAAGUACCCAUUACAGAAAUCUCAAGCUGGAUGACUCCAGGCUCCUCAAUCUGCUGUCUAAUUAUCGACUCCGUGAAGCACGCAUCCUGCUCGAUGAAAUGCCUCAAAGAAGCCGCCAUGGUCAAGUCGUUCACUUGACUUCUCUUCUUACCAAGUACUCAAGAAAUGGUUUUAUCAAUGAAGCGAAAGCGCUGUUUGAGAUCAUGCCGGACAGGAACGUUGUUAGUUAUAAUGCGAUGUUGUCGGGUUUUGUCCAGUGUGGGAGGUUGGAUGAAGCUAGUAGGUUGUUCGAGGUCAUGCCGGAAAGGAAUGUGGUGUCGUGGACUUCAAUGCUGUGUGGGUUGGCAGAGGCGAGGAGGAUUUGUGAAGCGAGGAAAUUGUUUGAUGAAAUGCCUGAGAGGAAUGUUGUUUCGUGGAACUCUAUGCUUGUUGGUUUGAUUAGGAGUGGAGAUUUGGAGGAGGCUAGAUGGAUUUUUAAUGCAAUGCCUAUCAAGAAUGUGGUUUCUUGGAACACAAUGAUUUCUGGAUAUGCAGAGAAUUGUAGAAUGGAAGAAGCAUGUGUUCUGUUUGAGGAGAUGGAUUAUAGAAAUGUUGUUACAUGGACUACUAUGAUUGCUGGUUAUUGCAGGGCUGGAAAAGUGGAUGAGGGGUAUUGCUUAUUUUGUAGAAUGCCUGAGAGGAAUAUUGUUUCUUGGACAGCCAUGAUUGGGGGAUUUACUUGGAAUGGCUUCUAUGAGGAAGCUUUGUUGCUUUUUCUUGAGAUGAAAGAGACUAAUGAGAUAAAACCAAAUAGGGAAACCUUCAUAUCAGUUGCUUAUGCUUGUAGUGGUAUUGCAUUUCCUUUUCUUGGCAAACAGUUACAUGCUCGGCUAAUUAUCAAUGGUUGGGAGUAUGAUGAUUUUGAUGGUAGGUUAUCUAAGAGCCUAAUUCACAUGUAUUCUGUGUUAGGUAUCAUGGACUCUGCAAGUUAUAUAUUCAACAAGAAUUCCAAUAACUGCGUUCAAUCUUGCAAUUCUGUGAUUAACGGUUAUAUUCGUAUUGGACAGUUGGAAGAAGCUGAGUAUUUGUUUAACACAGUACCUAUCCGUGACAAGAUCUCAUGGACUUCAAUGAUUGAUGGGUAUUUUAGCUUUGGGCAGGUGUCAAUUGCUUGUUUUCUGUUUAGCAACAUGCCAGAGAAGGAUGCAGUUGCAUGGACAACCAUGAUUUCAGGCUAUGUCCAUAAUGAACUUUUCACAGAAGCUAUCAAUUCAUUUUUGGUAAUGCGAGCAGAAGGUAUUUCUCCUCUUAGUUCUACAUAUUCUAUUCUUUUAGGAGCAGCUGGAGCAACAGCAAAUCUUGAUCAAGGGAGGCAGUUCCACUGCAUGCUUAUGAAAACACAAGACGAAUUUGAUUUGAUUCUUGAGAAUUCUCUGAUCUCUAUGUAUGCAAAAUGUGGGGUCAUACAUGACGCAAAUGGAAUAUUCUCAAAUAUGGUCUUCCGGGAUACUAUUUCUUGGAAUUCAAUGAUCAUGGGAUUUUCACAUCAUGGACUAGCAGUUGAAGCCCUAAAGAUUUUUGAAGCCAUGUUGGAAUCUGGUACUCAUCCAAAUUCAGUUACUUUCUUGGCCACCCUAUCAGCAUGCAACCAUGCAGGGCUCAUUGAUAAAGGAUUGGAGUUAUUCAACUCAAUGAGGGAUGUUUAUGCAAUUCAACCCGGUUUAGAGCAUCACAUUUCUAUGGUCAAUCUUUUAGGCAGGGGUGGGAAAGUAAAGGAAGCAGAAGGGUUUGUCUUGAAUUUGCCUUUUGAACCAGAUCAAGCUAUCUGGGGUGCAUUGCUUGGUGUAUGUAGGUUCAGUGAGUCGGGUACUGAGAUUGCUAAACGUGCUGCCAAAGAACUGCUUAAGCUGGACCCAUUAAAUGCACCUGCUCAUGUUGUGCUAUGCAACAUAUAUGCAGCAGAAGGCCAUUAUAUUACGGAACAAAUGUUGAGGAAGGACAUGGGAUUGAAAGGUGUUAGAAAGGUCCCUGGAUGCAGUUGGAUUCAGUUGAAUGGGAGAGUUCAUGUGUUUAUGUCAGGAGAUAAACCACAUCCACAAGCAGCUGAGAUAAUAUCCCUCUUAUUUCGUGUUGAUGAAAGAAGGAUGUAAUUUUGGUCUUCCUUUUAUUUGUUGGUUUCAUAAUUUGGAAAAUUAUAAUCAUUUUUAAUUGUAACAUUGUCACUAUUUUUUACACAAAUUUUGAUGAUAUUUUUUCUGGCAAAACUUUAGCCUCGCCUUUGCAAAUUUUUG